AUGACUGCCGGGCUACAGAGCACGAUCCUUCGACUCUUAGUGUUUACUCCUCCGCAAGACUUGGACAAGCAAGCAACGCUCAUAUUCGACAAAUCUCUUUCUGGUGAACCUUUAAAAGGUAGACCGGAAGCCAUCCUAGCCAUGGUUCAGGCUAUGGCCCGGUGCUCCGAAAGCACUGAGACAGGUGAUGAGAAUGACUUUCGUGUUGUGAUUCUUGGAGCCGGAUCGUCUCCACAGACCUCUAUGCUCUACAAGCGGACGGCCUCUAUCAUUGCUAUCGCCGUCCUUACAUACCCUCUCCAGCUAAGGCGCUACAUCGAACUCUUCCUGAACAGCCUCGCUGUAGAACCCGUUGCUAACAUAACAGACGAACGCGUCGACGAGCUGCUCAAAGACUCUUUUCCGCAACGGUAA